CACUGACCGUGAAGGCUUCCUGCCCGAGUCUGGGUUCAAGACAUUAGCGUGUGUGUCUAUGUGUGUGUGUGAGAGAGAGAGAGAGUACCCAGUGAAAAUCACCCGGAGACGGGCUCAGACCGUUUUUUUUUUACCGUACCAAUGUGUGUGUCCCGUGAAUACAUCGCACCAACGCCGGCGGAAUCAUCUCACGGACACAACAGCGUGUCGAAAAUGAGGGAAUAAUCGGGAGGGAGGCACACGGCGAGGCUCGUCUGCAGCUAACGUUUGGUUCAACUGCGAGUGGGAAGCACAGCUGCUGGCUACGAAAAUGUCGGGGAAAAUAGAGAGCAAGCAAGACUCGCAGCGCUCCCAUCUCUCCUCUUUCACCAUGAAGCUGAUGGACAAGUUCCACUCUCCCAAAAUCAAGAGGACACCAUCCAAGAAGGGCAAGCAACUGCAGCCCGAGCCAGCAGCCAAGAGUACUGAGAAACCUACUAACAAGAAGGUCAGUCGACUGGAGGAACAUGAGAAGGAGGUGGUCAGUGCCCUGCGCUACUUCAAGACUAUUGUGGACAAAAUGGUUGUAGAGAAGAAGGUGCUGGAGAUGCUUCCUGGCUCUGCUAGCAAGGUGCUGGAAGCAAUCCUGCCCCUGGUUCAGGUGGAGGCCCGGGUACAACAAAGUUCUGCGCUGUCUUCCUGCCAUAACCGUGUGUACCAGAGUCUGGCCAACCUCAUCCGUUGGGCAGACCAGGUGAUGCUGGAUGGCAUUGACUUGGAAGACAAGGAAAAUGUGGCAUCAGUCACAAGUGUCAUCAAAGCAGUGCUGGACGGUGUAAAGGAACUUGUGAAGCUGACCAUAGAGAAACAGGAGCAGCCAUCACCCACCACACCCAACAAACCAGCACCACCUGCUACCACAGCAGAAUGCAGCGUGUCAACGGAGUUGCCCUCGAUAGAUCGGGAGCAGGAGCUCUCGAAUAAGACCGCUCCAGCAGUUGUCCCUGCAGAGGUUGCCCCUGAGAUACCAGAUGAGGAGGUAGCCCCACCCAAACCCCCACUUCCAGAAGCAAAGAUGGCAGAGCUCAGAGCACAGUUGAGUGCUGAUGCCGGCCAAAGGAGACCCUCUCAGAAGGAGAAUCCUCCACCAGCUCUUCCCCCAAAGAAGCGUCAGUCAGCUCCUUCGCCCACACGGGUGGCAGUGGUUGCCCCUAUGAGCCGCGGCUCCAGUCUGCCCUGCAGUGUUAACAGACAGCAGCAGGACUAUGAGCAGGAGUUACUGCAGAGGCGUUUUUCUGGGGGGAGCCAGUCGUACGGGGGCGACUCUCCACGUCUAUCUCCCUGCAGCAGCAUGGGGAAACUCAGCAAGUCAGAUGAACAGCUCUCCUCCAUGGAGCAGGACAGUGGUCAGUGCUCUCGUAACACAAGCUGUGAAACACUUGACAACACAGAGAACUACGACCCGGAUUAUGACUUCCUCCACCAGGACUUGUCGGUAGGGGAAAACCUGCCCCCAAUACCAGUGGGAGGGUGUCUGAGCCCCCUGCCAGAGUCUCACAGCGAGUCCUCUUCCCCAGUACCCGGACAGCAUCCCUCACAUCCCCGCUUUAGUGCUCCUCCACCGCAGCAAACCCCAGAGUACUGGACCCCGCAGCCCAAUCAAAUGAAUCCCCUGUCCUUCCGCAUCAGCGCACCACCUGCCCUUCCCCAGAAGAAGCGACGCAGUACCCAGGCAUCGCCCUUCCCUGACGUAGGGUCCAGGGUGCUGUAUGAGCGACACCCUUCCCAGUAUGACAAUUUGUCAGAAGAGGAACUGCACCCUACGCCGCCAUUUCCCCUUUUCACACCCAUCUCACCCAUGCCCCAGACAAAUGGGAGCAUGUUCGUCGCGCAGUACAUGAGCAGCGAGAAUGCAGAUUUGUCUGCUAGCCCACCGCCCCUCCCAGAAAAGAAAAGCAGACACAUCCUCCAGUACAUGCAGUUUGUGGAAGACUACUCGGAGCCGCAGCCCUCCAUGUUCUACCAAAUGCCGCAGAGCGAGAGCAUCUAUGAGCAGCGUAACAAGCGCUUCCAGGAGGUCUACGGCUUCAAUGACUCCUUCAGCAGCACAGACUCAGUCCACGAGCCGCUGCAGCCCCCAGCAUUGCCCCCAAAACAAAGACAACUGGCCUCCCACUCUUCCUCCCCCUCUUCCUCCUCCUCCUCUUCUCUCUCCUGCCACCUCCAGCCAUCUGUGGCGGCCAUGGAGGAGGCGGGCUCUGGGCUGGGUCUCAGCAUGUCCGUCUCUAACUCCUACCUGAUUGGGCAGGCAUCCUUGACCACACCCACGAGCUUGGACCAUGUUGCCUUGACCAAUGCCACCAUUCUGGAUGGCAGCGGGGGCGGGCCCAACGGUUCCCUGGCUGGCUCAAUGGGCUCUGUGGCUGUCUGUCUUCCUUCUGAGUCUUCUCUCACUGACUCUCUCCACACCUCAGCGAGCGAGAGUGCGAAUGACGAGGCCGGGGAGGGGGAGUACGUCAACUUGUACUCAUCCAACCAAGCCAAUGGAGAGCUGCCUCUGUCCCUCAGAGAAACAAUUGCAGAUGACGACGUACUUCAAGACCCCACCCCUCAAAUGCCAUCCACCAAUAGCAAAGAGGCUCUGGACAAGGAAAAUUUCAGGAGGCAAAAGUCAACAGAGUCAGCAGGAAACGAUGAAGAGGAUGUGGACCAACUCUCCCUCAUAGACCACAAGGAGAUUAUGAGCAGGAUAACUCUAAAACAAGAAAGUGACGAUGGCCCCGAUGUUCGUGCUGGAUCAGGAGAUAUUCUAUUAGUCCACGCUACAGAAACAGACCGCAAAGAUCUUGUUUUGUACUGUGAAGCCUUUCUGACUACGUAUAGGACUUUUAUAACCCCAGAGGACCUAAUUAAGAAGCUACACUACAGGUAUACCAGCUUCUGUCACAGUCCAGACACCUUCAAGAAGCGAGUCAGCAAGAACACGUUCUUCGUGCUGGUUCGAGUAGUGGAUGAGCUGUGCCUGGUGGAGCUGACGGAGGACAUCUUGAAACAGCUGAUGGACCUGGUGUUCACGCUGGUGUGCAAUGGCGAGCUGAGCCUCGCCCGCGUGCUCCGCAAGAACAUCCUGGAUAAGGUGGAACAGAAGAAGCUGCUCCGCUACACAAACUCCCUCAAGCCCCUGGCCGCCCGAGGGGUCUCUGCAAGGCCUGGAACUCUCCAUGACUUCCGCAGUCAUGAGAUUGCUGAUCAGCUCACUCUCCUGGAUGCUGAACUCUUCUAUAAGAUAGAGAUUCCAGAGGUGCUGCUUUGGGCCAAGGAGCAGAACGAGGAGAAGAGUCCGAACCUGACUCAGUUCACAGAGCACUUUAACAACAUGAGCUAUUGGGUCCGCUCUUUGAUAAUUCAGCAGGAGAAAGCCCAAGACCGAGAGAAGCUGCUCCUCAAGUUCAUCAAGAUAAUGAAGCACUUAAGAAAGUUGAAUAAUUUCAACUCUUACCUGGCAAUACUGUCAGCCCUGGACUCUGCUCCCAUCCGGAGAUUGGAGUGGCAGAAACAGACCUCGGAGGGAUUAGAGGAGUAUUGCACGUUGAUCGACAGCUCCUCCUCAUUCAGAGCAUACAGAGCUGCUCUGUCUGAAGUGGAGCCACCAUGUAUCCCGUACCUGGGUCUCAUACUCCAGGACUUGACCUUUGUCCACCUGGGGAACCCUGACUUCAUCGACGGAAAGGUCAAUUUCUCCAAACGCUGGCAGCAGUUCAACAUACUGGACAGCAUGCGGCGCUUCCAGCAAGUGCAUUAUGAACUGAAGCGCAACGAAGACAUUGUGUGUUUCUUCAACGACUUCAGUGACCACCUGGCAGAGGAGGCCCUGUGGGAGCUGUCGCUCAAGAUCAAGCCCAGGAACAUCACCAGGCGCAAAACGGAACGCGAGGAGAAGACCUAGGGGCUCGCGGGCCUUUUCCGAGACUGACCUCCAACUGUGCUUCAUGACACUAACUCCACUUUACUACAGACUGAGAGAAAGACGAAUGGAAGCUAUCCGCUGGAGCAAAUGGGAGACUCAUUGUGGGGGAUGCAGAACAAGCUAGACUGAAGCGUGGCCGGGGUUUUUACAUAGAGCUCUGCUGCUCUGGGAGAUUAUAAUUGGGAUUACUGCGGGAAGAGAUUGUGACUACGGUGAAACGGGACGAAGCCUUGUGCCAAGGAGGACAGAAGAAUCGCACAGAGCGGGCAGACGCCGUGGAAAUAACCAAAGUCUGCUCCCUGGGCUCUCUGUUUUAGAGUGGAGCUGUUGCGUGUGUGUGAGAGUGAGCUGAAUGGUCCAUUACUCACCAAGUUGCUCCUUCCUCUUCCUUUAUGUACGUGCCAUUUGUCGGCCAUCUUCUGCGACCCUCUCCCCGACUCAUGAGUUCCCCUCAAAAAGCAGAACCUCGAGAGCGACCUGCUGUGAACUAUGACGUCAACAUGCAGGCCGCAGACAGUCCCCCCCGGGGGAGGGGGAUUGGAGGAUUUGAACUUGAAGAGGAUGGCCGUAAGAGACUGGAAAGUUUGUUUUGAAACAUUUUGUGUAAGAAUCAUGUAUGGUUAUGAAAUGUAUUAUAUACAGUGCUCCUUUUGUUCUUAAAAAGGAUGUUUAUGCUUACGAGAAGAGCUUCGCUUCUCCCAAGUGCCAUACAUAUGUGCACUAAAAAAAGCAAAGCAAAAACACAAAAAGAUAAAUUACUAAAGAUGCUGUGAUCUAUGUAUGUCAUACUGAAUCUUUGUGUGCCGUGUUCAAGUGUAGAGAACCGCGAGGCGAUCACAAUCAUGUCCCAGUCAUGUCGGUGUGUGAAAGUGUCUGUGUGCGACUGAAGUCCUCAGCGACUUGUGUGUUCGUCAUUUCAACAUGUGCUGUAGUAUAAAGUCAGUUUGAUUCCUUUUUUGGGAUAGAACCAACACAUCACACUGUGCUCUCAAACUCCAAUAAAACAAACAGCUCUGUUUCUAUA